GAUCAAUGGGUGACGCAGUAAGCGUGAGCAGUGAGGCAGCCGGAGCUGGCAAACAGUGGGAGCGGCGCCUGCAGACACUGCAGACACCAGCCAGACCGACAGACAGGCAGGCAGGCAGUGAGCAUGGCCGAGCCCACUAAAACCCACGUUAUCCUGCUGGCCUGCGGGAGCUUCAACCCCAUCACCAAAGGACACAUUCAGAUGUUUGAAAGAGCCCGUGAUUAUCUGCACAAGACAGGACGGUACAUUGUGAUUGGCGGCAUUAUCUCACCAGUUCAUGACUCCUAUGGGAAACAGGGCCUUGUUUCCAGUCGACACCGCCUCACAAUGUGCCAGCUGGCUGUUCAGUCAUCUGACUGGAUCAGGGUGGAUCCAUGGGAGUGUUACCAGGAUACUUGGCAAACAACCUGCAGUGUACUGGAACACCAUCGGGACCUUAUGAAGAGAGUGACGGGUUGUAUUCUAUCCAAUGUAAACUCUCCAGCAACACCAGUAAUUGGACAGCCGCAGAAUGGAAGACGUUCCAUCUAUCAGAAUUCCACAAUCACAAAUGAAAAACCCACUGCAGUUCGAAUCCUGGGGAAGGUCAGCGAAAGUCUGGGAAAGAUCUGCUGUGUUCGUCCACACGUUGAACGUUUCACCUUUGUGGAUGAAAAUGCAAAUUUGGGCACUGCCAUGAGAUAUGAAGAGAUUGAGCUCCGCAUCUUGUUGCUGUGUGGCAGUGACUUGCUGGAAUCUUUCUGUAUCCCAGGACUGUGGAAUGAGGAGGAUAUGGAAAUGAUAGUGGGUGAUUUUGGAAUAGUGGUUGUCCCUCGUGACAAUGUAGACACAGACAGGAUCUUGAAUCAGUCAUCAUUGCUUCGCAAGUACAAGGAUAACAUCCUUGCCGUAAAAGAUGACACUAAUCAUCCCAUGUCUGUUGUGAGUUCUACCAAGAGUAGAUUGGCUUUACAGCAUGGUGAUGGCCACGUGGUGGAAUAUUUGAAUCAGCCCGUUAUUGAUUACAUCCUGCAAAAUCAGCUUUACAUCAAGACGUCUGGAUAAAACUUUCCUGUAAGGACCAGAAAGAACAGCUUACAGUUUCCCUCUCAGUAAAACUGUACUACUGCUCUACUGCUUAUGUAUACAGAGCUUCUAUUGUCUGCUAUUCCCACUGUAUGAUAAGAGUAGAAGCUCUACUGACAGAAUGCACUGAAUGAACUGCACAGAACCUUUUGCUGUCCACUUGUGUCUCUUUCUCUGUGCUGCCCUCUAACUGACACUUAUGCUGACCUUCCUAUUAUCGCAGAAAACCAAGCGUCAGUAUAACUAUUUCCUUUUUUUUAAUUAGAGGUAGAAUCAUGUACGUUUCUUCGUAGGAAAUUCCUAAUCUCUCUGUGCUGCUUGCAACUUUGAUACAACCAGGUCACUUACCCUUUCUGGGCGAGUGGUUCAGAUUUUGCAGUUAGUAGCAUGCUUAGUUCAAAGAAUUGCUUCAAAGUCUCUGUGUUUAAUAAUGUGAUAAGCUCAAAAAGUCAACUGUUUCUCUACAAGAACAAAGUAAGAAUUUGAUGAUAUUGCAGGUAUUCUUGACAUUUCACAAAAUGCAUAGCGUCUAAAGUAGUCAUCACAUCUAGAUAUAGCUGGGAAAAAUAAAUUUUCAUGAAAGUUCUGUUUGGAGAUGGACCAUCACAUUUGGUCAUCUUUCCUCCAAUUACAUCACAGUAGCAUACUGAAAUAAAAGGAAAAAUGAGUAGAACUUCAAUAUUUAUAAAUGAAGCAACUUUUAUUGCUUGGGAUUCAUCAGCAGUUUCACAAAACAGCUUGAAAUAGAAUCAGAAUGGAAUUCAGCAUCAAACAGUCUGUUUACAAUCACACUGUGACAAAUUAUUUCUAUGCAGCAGUAAAAAGCACAAUAGAAUGAUCAAAUUGUGUGCAUAAAUCAGACUUUGUUCUCUAAUGUAAUAUACAGCAUCAUUGAGCAAAAUUGUUUAAGUAAACAUGUUAUUGUAUCCACAAAAGCCUUCAAGAAAUGUUGAGAACAGCAUGAUCCUUGUAUAAGCAAUCUACCAAUUUAAUUGAUUGCAAAUGAUUGAUCAUCAAUGGUCAAGUGUUGAAGUGGAGAGGCCUAAUUCCUUUAUAGCAGACCAUAUUCCUUGAUAGUAUUGGCUUCAUUUUAAGCUUAUUGGAACUCAGCUUCAAACUUCUUCCAUCUCUGAUGACUAAAUAAUUCAAGUUGGUGUAAUGUUUUCUUAUAAUACUUCAGUUACGCUGAGAGUCCCAUUUUGCUCCCAGGAUUUGACUUUCAUCCAUUUUUAUAGACCACACUGACUAAUUUUAUAAAAGGUUCUUAUUUUCAAUUGCUGGCUUAGUUGAUAUGUUGUCACCAUUCUGUACAACCUGAGAACACUUGUAUUUGUAUGUUAACAUUGUUCUCAAAGUCCUAUAAACUUCCUCACCAAGGAUAUCCAAAAGCAGCUUUGUUUUUCUUUUUCAUGCUUAUGCUCUGUAACUUCAGGAAAUGUUUUAAUUAUCCUCAGUCUGAAUACUGUUGAAUUGAUUUCAUUUGACUGUAAAAUUUUUGAUUAUUGGUUCAGCCUCAUUUUCACUUAGUGUAGGCCUAUCCUGGAAGACCGAUGAUUGAUCCUUACAACACUUUACAAAAAGAAACAAAAUACAAAGGGAAGAAGGAUAUGUAGUCUCUUGUCAAACUGUUCUUCAGGUCAGUCUGAAUGGUUAGUUCCUCUCCCCUCAGUGGUCCACUUCUAUGACCAUCAAUCACGCAUUGCUUCAAAGCAGCCAAAUGUAUGUCUAUAGGACCCCCCACAGCCAAAAAGCAGAACAUCAAAUGAAUACUAUAGUUCUCUCCAACUUAAUUAGAAUUCAUGUUGGAAACAAAACUAAUCCUGAUUGUGGCAUGUGUCAUUGUUUUACCUCAGCAAUAUCUUGACCUAACAGAAGAGAAAGUAUCUUUAAACAAUUGAUUUUUAACAAAAAUUAUGACUAUUAUCUUCAGAUACAAUCAGGUGACAAAGCUCCAUGUCAACUAAUUUGGUUUCACUGGCCCUCUUCCAUCCAUCAUUUCCGUAUUGCUUUGUUUAUUUGCAAUUGGCGAAGAUUCCUGUCAAAAAUACCUGCUGUUUCUGUUAAGAUUGCACAGAGCUGUCAGACAUAUCCCUUAAUGUACCAUAUGUGACUGAUCUCUGUUCAUUGUUGUCCAGUGUCCAGCCACUAGUAGUUUAACCUGUAAUGUUGCACGCUCGUGUCUAUGCACCAAUACUAGGCAGAUAUCAUGAAAAAUUCUAUUAUCACUUUCCAGGUGUUUUCAUUUUAUUGUCAUCCAAAAAUAGUAAAAAUUAGAAGUGAAGUGUGUUGUCAGUUUCAGAGCUGUAAAUGAUCUAAGUGCAUGCUUUCCGGGUUCUCCAGCUAGUUGCUAUUUUUAUGAAAAUAACUUGUAUGACAACACGGUCCGUCUGUGGCAGCCCAGUUGGCUGAGAUGCAUAUCAUGAAUUGCAUAUUUACUUUAAGAAACAAACUCUAAUAUCUCAACUUGAAAUCCUGCAUUUCCAGUAAUCUCAGUGAAAUUUAUGUUAGUUUAUUGAACCAUUGUCGUUCUUGGGCUGUGUCUUUCUUUCUAACACAAGCCCAAAAUCCUUAGUACCAUAUCCUCACUUCUCAUAGCUCCUUCCUAAUUGCUUGAAAUUUGUUUCUGUUUAUAGCUUGUACUGUGUCAGAAAGGAAACUCCAGUUUUUAUAAUUUGUUUUUUUUUAUAUAAGCCUGAGAUUCUAAUCAGGAAGUUAGAAUUCUUCUUCAUGAACUGUAGUAAAUGAUUAGUGGUGUUAACGAAUGCUGGUGUGGGCUGCAAAAUUUGUUCCAUUAGGAAAUGAUGUACAAUGAAGUUAGUUUAGUCAGAUGAUGAAGCCACAAAUCAGAUGAGCUGCUGCAACAUCCUGGCCUGUGAUUAAUCUUUUUUCGCCUACAGCACACAGCCAAACGCGUACUCAGAAAUUUAUCAAGGCACUUCUACAUAUUAACUAGCCGAUUCAAAAUUGCAGUAGCAACUCAUGAGAGAAACCUCCUUGCACCUCCAACCCCCAGCCCUAGUGGUCAUUCAAUGGUCAGUGUAUGCAUUUAUUAUCAUUUUUUUAAAGCUAGAAUAAAAAAAAUUCACAUCUGAAUUAGAAGUUUAAACAUUUUCAAUUGUGCAACUGACAUUUGUAAUAUUCCGCACAAUGUAUUGAUGUGGUUAAAGCAUAUGUCGGUGUAAAUUACUGAGAAAAUGAGCAUCCAAUAGAUUAUUCAAUGAAACUUCCCUGGUAUAGGUGUGCUAGUGUCACUCCUACAUUGAAAGGGUGUGUAAUAUAGUACACAUUGACUAAAAGCUAACCAUUUCUUUGGGUUUGAUUCUGGAUGGCAUGUGUGUGAGCACAAUAGUUCCAUACUAUUAUUACUUGCCUGUCACCUUUGUGCAAUGUGUGCUACAGGUAAAAGGGCAGAAAACAUUAGGAUAUAUUACUACAGUUAUUGAUGGUCAUCUUUUGAAUGUUUCACAAAUGCUGAAUUGAGCACAUUUUGAAAGGAGGUCAUUGGUAAAAAGAGCUAAUAGUGAGACAGCCCAUAUUGUUUUCUUUUGAACUAAGAUAGGAUGAAUCACAUUCUUUAUCCAAACCUUUACUGCAGUGUGUUGCAAUAUCAGAAUAGGCUGUAUUGCUGUACUGUGUUUCAAAGAUACCGAACCUUGGCUCCCAAUUUGGCAAUUUCCAUUUAACAAUUUGCUGUAGGAGUUUCACUACUGCUCCCACCAUGUUAUAAACACACAAAUGCAUCCUCUCACAGGCCGUUUUAGAAUUAAGUGUGUUCUCUUGAACCUUGUUUAAGUCUUUAGUAGGUAGUCUAAUAAUGUAGCAACUUUUAUGAAGGACAUAUAAUUGAAAUUGUCGGGUAAGGAACAAAAUAAUUAUCAUUGUCCAAAAAAAUGGACAAAAAUGGCUGAAAUGGCAUUUAUAUUGCAUGACUGGGAGUGCUGUGCACUGGAAUUGUGAACUAUAAUUGAAUUAAAACAGCUGGUUAUUACAAUGAA